CCGAGAGGAGGACGUGUGAGAAAAUGAAAAGUCAACACUGAUGGAAUUAAGCAAAUAAAGGAUCGGUGUAGGCUAAUCAGGGCACGAAGAUAACCUAGGAGGGCCAACAUACUGUUGCUUUUAGUUUAGAAUAAUUUCAAUAGAAAAUAGUCAUUGGUGUUGGUGCAUUUUCAACAUUUGUACUGUGCCACCAUGGUUUGGUCUUCGUCACUAGCAAUGGGAUUAUCUCACGUUAUAGUGUGCCUCUGUGUGGCAGGAGUGUGGUGUCAAUCAUCUGUACCACCAACUGCUACACCUACAAUCCCACCUACAACCCCUAAUCCACCUCCCGAGGAUGUAAAACAUGUCACUGUGACAGGGCAAAAUGAGACCAGUGUAACUCUGGAGUGGACAAAGAAUACGAAGUACACUUAUGAACUGAAGUUCCAAAAUGGGACAUCAUUGAUAAACACCACUGCAACAAAUAAUGUACUAGAGACACAGACAGUCUCCUCUCUCACUGCUGGGACAGAAUACAACUUCACUCUCUUCAGUGUAGAAGGGAGUGACAGGAGCAGUGGAUUAAACUUUACAGCUGAUACUGCUCCCACCAACGUAGCUCAGGUCAAUGUGACAGGGCAAGAUGAGACUAAUGUAACUCUGCAGUGGAACAAAGUGAAUGGGAACGGGAUCACUUAUGAGCUGAAGUUCAGCAAUGGGACUAAUACGACCAUCCCUGUAUCUGAUGUAGAUGGACCAGUGACAUACACAGUCUCACCUCUCAAUGCUGGGACAAAAUACAACUUCCUUCUCUUCACUGUGUUCAAAGUAGUACCAAGCAAGGGAUACAAUUUCUCCGCCAUCACCCGUCCCCUCAGUGUAGGUGGUGUCAAUGUGACAGGGCAAAAUGAGACCAGUAUAACUUUGCAGUGGAGCAAAGUGAAUGGCACAGGGAUCACUUAUGAGCUGCUGAACAACACCCUUAGGACUAAUACUAUCAUCCCUGCACCUGAUGAAAGUGGAACAGUGACACACAUAGUUUCACCUCUCACUGCUGGGAGAAAAUACGAGUUCACACUCUUCUCUGUGUUUGAAGAUGUCAGGAGUACUGUUGGAAGUAAAUUUUCUGCAGUCACUGCUCCCCUUAAUGUUGAGGCUGUCACAGUAACAGAUACACACCGAAAUGAGACCAGUGUAACUCUGGAGUGGAAAAAGCCGGCGAACGGAGUCUCUGGUUAUGUGCUGCAUUUCGACGAUAAGGGAAAUAAAGACAUUGAUAAUUUAGAAGAAAAAGUGACAGAUCAAGUUUCAACUCUCGUUCCUGGGAAACGAUAUGCCUUCACCCUCUUCACUGUGUUUGAAGGCAUCAAGAGCAGUGGAGCAAGCGACUUCACAGUCACAAAGAUAUUUUGCUCUGCUUUAUCCUGGGAGGUCACCAGCUCAUCCAUUCAGACUGGGCUCCUGUCCGAGAUAGUCUCCUAUGGAGAAGCCAAUAAUGGCAGUCACACUGGAGUCGUCCAUAACAUUAAUGGCAAACUAUCAUUCACUGACCUUUACCCUGGCGCAAAAUACACGCUGACUCUUUGGUUUGAAAAGGAUUCUAAAACACUUUCCUUGUGUAAACAGGUGGAGACUGUGGUUCCCCCAGCCCUGAUAAGACCGAGAUGUGACUAUUUGUCCAGUGGCUACGCUUUCUCUCUGGCCUGGGAUGUGCCGGAGGGAAUAUGGACCAGUGUGGAGGUGAAUGUGACUGGGAAAAGCCCUCAGAGGGUGGAGGGAGAGUGGGUGAUGAAGGCGGACAUCGAUGGGGUUCAACCUGCCCAGACCUAUCAAGUGUCUUUGGCCUCAAUCUCUGGGCAUCGGAUGAGUAAGCCUGUCUCUUUCAGCUGUAAUACAGACCCAAGAGGGGUCAUUGCAGGGUCAGUCAUGGCUGUGCUGCUACUCUGCCUCCUGGUUUGUCUGGCUUUCUUCAUAUGGCGUCGGAAGCCAGAAAUAUUCAGCCGGCCCAAGUUGUUGUUUGUGGAUUCCAAACUAACCAGCAAUAAAUUCAAAGCUAUUCCCACGGGGAAGUUUUCAGACCACUACCACACAAUGAGCGCCGACACGAACAGAGGAUUCAGUGAGGAGUAUGAGGGCUUCAUCCCUGUUGGCACAGAGCAGACUCAAAAAGCAGCCCUUCUGGAGGAGAACAAAAACAAGAACCGUUUCACCAAUGUACUGCCAUAUGACUGGUGUCGGGUGAAGCUAACCAUCCUAAACCCCAACAUGAGCUCUGACUACGUAAAUGCCAAUUACAUGCCAGGCUACAGUAACAGCAGACAGUACAUCGCUGCACAGGGUCCCCUGCCCACCACCGUCAACGAUUUCUGGAGAAUGAUCUGGGAGCAAAGCGUAAAGGGUGUGGUCAUGGUAACCAACUGCACCGAAGGAGGGAGGACUAAAUGUGAGCAGUACUGGCCUUUGGACUACACCCCUUGCCUGUACGGAGACCUGUUGGUAACAGUCAGGUCAGAGAAAAGGUUAACCAACUGGACCCUGCGGGAGUUUGUAGUGAAAAGUAGGGACACAUCCGAGGAGCACCCUGUGAAACACUUCCACUUCACAGCCUGGCCCGACCACGGAGUCCCAGAGGGAACGGAGGCUCUGAUCCAGUUCAGAGGGCUGGUCCGACAGCACAUAGAGAGCCAAGAGAACAGCGGACCCACUGUGGUGCACUGCAGUGCUGGGGUGGGGAGGACGGGCACCAUCAUUGCUCUGGACGUGAUGCUACAACAGCUGGAGAGGCAGAAGGCGGUGGGCAUCGCUGCCUUUGUGCACAAAAUGAGGCUGAGUCGGCCGCUCAUGGUUCAGACGGAGUCGCAGUAUGUUUUCCUGCACCAAUGCAUCAUGGAUUCUCUGGAGCCCAAAGAGAAGAUGAUACAAGAAGCCCUUUAUGAGAACUCGGACCUGAUCUACGCCAACGCCACCGCACUGAGGGAGUUCCAAGCUGCCAAUCCAAAGGCCUGAAGAUAAGGCCAUGGAUUGUCUGCUGUGAGUUUUUUUUUUUUUCAAUCACUUUGGCACAUUUUUCAGAUGGAAAUGGUACAUUUGAAAAACUCUCUAAGUACAAAAUUCUAAACUGAUAACACUUGUAAUGCCCCUUACUUAAGCAAUAAUGCUCGAGGAGGUGUGCUAUAUGGCCAAUAUACCACGGCUAAGGGCUGUUCUUAAGCAAGACGCA